AUGGAUGCGCCUCAGAACAAUAUCGCUGAAGUUACUGCUGAUAUCACUAAAAUUACAGACAAAAUUUCUGUAAUCAAAGAAAUUUAUGAAAACAUUCAAUAUAAUAAAAGAAUUUGCAUUUCAUUAAUGGAGCGCAUUGAUGUUGUGGAUUUCGCUAUUACUGGAAACUUACGGAAAAAUAUAUUAAAUUUCACAUCUCUCGUGCAAGUUUUAGACAGGACGGAAAUUUUUAUGAAAAAUAUCUCGCAAUUAUACAGUUAUUUGACUUAUAUGGAUUUAGAUUAUCAUUCAUUCGAAAGGGAAUUUUAUGCACUAAUAAAUGAAUUUUCUUCAGUCUUCCGAGGGAUACCACAAGUCAACAUACGGAAUGACAAUGAUAAAGAAAAUUUUGAUCAAGAUUCUAAUCAAAUGAAAGAG